ACGUAAUCAAUGGGAACUUGAUGGUGAAUUUAUAUAGAAACUCUAAAGUGAAAAAUGUUGUUGUCUCCCGUACCUCGCUGGCUGGUGUUUGGGUGGACAGUGAACAACUGGGACGAGUUGUGACUCUCUGGGCUGUCAGCCUACCUGGGAAGAAGUGAUUUGGGAGCAGUUUGAGGGGCGAUUGGAACGCUCUCGGCCACCUUGUUUUCGAGACAAAGCACGGAAAAUGGUCGUUAUGGCAACGGAGACACAGGGAAAGCCUCGUCGGGGCCACAUCCGGGUCGGUUUUUACGAUAUCGACAAGACCAUUGGGAAAGGAAAUUUCGCCGUGGUCAAGCUGGCUAAACAUCGCAUCACAAAAUCUCAGGUUGCUAUCAAAAUCAUUGACAAAUCAAGGUUAGACGAGUCAAACCUGCAGAAAGUCUACCGAGAGGUCCAAAUCAUGAAAAUGCUGCACAACCCACACAUCAUCAAGCUGUAUCAGGUCAUGGAAACAAAGAGCAUGCUUUAUUUAGUAUCGGAGUAUGCCAGCAAUGGAGAAAUGUUCGACUAUCUUGCCAACCAUGGUCGGAUGUCGGAGAAAGACGCACGCAAGAAAUUCUGGCAGAUCAUCAAUGCUGUGGCUUACUGUCAUCAGAGGAGAGUGGUGCAUAGAGACUUGAAGGCAGAAAACCUUCUCCUAGACUCCAACAUGAACAUCAAGAUUGCAGAUUUUGGUUUUAGCAAUUUCUUCGUUCCCGGUGACCAGUUAGCAACGUGGUGUGGUAGUCCACCCUACGCUGCACCAGAGGUCUUCGAGGGACACAGAUACAGUGGUCCGCAACUAGACAUUUGGAGUCUUGGUGUUGUUCUCUAUGUGCUGGUCUGUGGUGCUCUUCCGUUUGACGCCAACACGCUACCUCAGUUGAAGGAACGCGUCCUAGCAGGAAGAUUCCGCAUCCCGUUCUUCAUGUCCACAGAGUGUGAGCAGCUAAUCCGCAAAAUGCUUGUGAUAGACCCGGCGAAACGCUACACCAUCGAGCAGAUCAAGAAUCAUAAAUGGAUGCAGAUGGACGGUGGGGAGCCCUCGCCAGUCACCAGUCCGGUCGCUGAGAUUCCCAAACCCAUCGGAGAGUUCAACGAGCAAGCAUUGCGUCUCAUGCAGAGUCUUGGCAUAGACCAGCAGAGAACUAUUGAGUCAUUACGAAGGGACGCAUACGACCAUUUUACCGCUAUUUAUCACCUACUAGUUGAGAGACUCAAACUCCACCGUUGUAGUUUCCCCGUCGAGAGCAGAGUAGACGGACGUUCCCGACGGCCGAGCUCCAUCUCUGACCAUGCGAUCAUGCGGAACAAGGUGGUCGGCACGGGCACGAAUAUGCCUCACAUCGUCCCAGGUUCGCAGCAGCAACAAAGCAGGAGUCCAGUCAAACAGCAUUCACAACAGCAAAUCAUGGGCUUCAGACCGGUACAACCCGCCUCGCAGCAACAGCCCGUCAAGUCUGAAGCCGCUCACGCGGCAUUGCAACGGAAGCGAAAGGAGCCAAUUCUCCAGCCGUCGACGUGUAUAUUUAGUGAGGGGGAGGUCGUCAGCGUCCCUCAGGUUGUAAGCGGGACUUUAUUAGAGCCGCACCCUCGUAUGAACUUCAGGAAGGUCCGGUCAAUGUCGCCGAAUCACAUGGUCGUUACGUCUAUUGACGAGGGGGUGGAGGUAGACAUGCCGGAGAGCGAAGGAGAACUUGAGAAGAUCUCUAAUGAGCAACUCAUGGUACAACGGAGACAUACAUUAGGGGAGACCUUUGACCUCCCCCCAAGCAUGGAGCCGACGCUCUCAGACUUUGGUAUCGAACCUCAGGAUUUGUCAGCUUCAUUCGAUUCUCAGGAAGAGAUGGAAAUCGCUCAGAUUUCCCAGGGUUUUGCUCAGGGUAUGGGACAGGGAAUGUAUCAACUAGGUUCGGGAAGUCAGUGUAACUCUCCGGACCUCUCACCGACAGUACAAGAGCAGCAUUUGAUAGGGCAGCAAGUUGUUCAAGGUGUAACUGAAACGCUUUUACGGACUGGCAGCCAGUCGCCGACGAGCUUUAGGGAAGGCCGUCGAGCAUCGGACGGACUUCUUUUGCAGGACUCUUUCAAUAGGCAGCACAAGAAUCUACCCCGUACUCAGGGGUUGAGCGAACUGCACGCGAGGUUGGAUCAACAGCAGGGAGUGGAGUUCACAGACUGUAAAGUUAUAGCGGAGCAAGCUAAACAGCAGCAGCUGCAGCAGCACCAAGCCCGCCUGCUGCAGCACAUGGACUCUGUGCAGUCCACGGACAGCGGCUCGUAUUCACAAUGCCAGGUGGGGCAGCAACCGGUCACGUGGCGUCGAUUCCCCGCCCAGGUGCAACAGAACCAGCGCCAGAAUCACUUUCAGGCGAUGAAGCACACCAUGCAGACCGAGCCGGCGCAGGGCACCGGCUGCAGCUUCGACGAGCUCUCCCGCGGCGUGACGCCCGCACGGAGCCUCCAGCACCACCUCAUGCAGCAGCGACUCAUGCAGAAGCGGCAGCAGCUUCACAAGCAGUCACAGCUCAGCCAGCAGUUUCAGCAGCUACAUCUGGAGCGACAGCCGAGCUUCGAUGGCCGGCCACCUCCCCCGAAUCGGGCGGACUCUUACAAACAAGCGCAGCAGCAUCCCGUACUUCCGCAGUUCUCCAUGAAAGAGGAACCACUACGCAGCAUCACCCCGCCGGGAACGUAUUCACAGGAGGCGAGUCACCAUAGCAGCCAGGCAGCUUCGAAACAACUCCUCUUUGGUUUACCGAUGACCCACCACAGUUUUGACAACUCACAGUUUGAGUGUAUGGACACUUCAGAAGGACCUGCUGGACAAUCAGGGUUCUCGUAUACGCCAUGCUAACAAAAUUGCCAUAGUGACCCUAAACGUACUUGCCAAAUCUUUCUACCAACAUGCGUAGACUGCCUGCCGACAUUGGAGUGAGUUCUGGGUAUUAAACUUUAUUGAAUUGAACAGUUUUUGAUGGUUUAGUUUUGGUGAAGAACUAAAACUGCAUCCAGGUUUUUUGUGAAGUGUCAAGGCGCACACCAUGAUGUAUUCAGUUUUUAACCACAGCAAAAGUGUAGAAUAUAUAUUUGAAGUUAAAUUCAUCAGAUUUGAUGAUACUGAAGUCAGAAGAGGGGAGGAACAAAAUAUAAAAACUUGUAACGGAGAAGGAGGAGCAGCAACAUGUUUUUGAAAAAUCACAAUUUUUUCCGUUUUUGUACAUGUUUGAAAAGCUUCCGCUACUCAAGUAACUAGGCAUAACUGGUUCCAUUGGUAUUCAUAGUAGAGAAUGUAUGCAAAGUGGUAUUCUGGGUACACAAUUUAAGCAAGCCUGCCUUUUGGGUCAGUUUUAACCCAUCUGGCUACUGUUGAAUGAAUGAAAGUUAUUUUGACCGAGCAAAGUGACCAUCGGUCAAAUCAUAAAUCAGAAAUAUUUAACAGCUAAUGUGUGAUAUUUGAACAUUCUUCCACCAGGUUUUUGUACUCUCCCUUUUUUUGGCCAGGUCUUGAAUCCUGUCGGCCAUCUUGGAUUCUGUGGGCCUACUUGAUUUAUAAAUUCAUAGAAGAUCGGGCUUACCUUCGGAGCAUUAAUACUGUGUGAAACCAAUUUGAUUUUUUAAAACUUUGGUAAACCAAAAAGUGGUGUGACUUUUAACAGUUUACAAAUUUUAAAUAUUUGGAGACGAAAAGUUGACUUUGCAAUGUGCACAAAUGCAUUAUUUCGGACUCUGUGCACUGAUUUUUUAUCGAUGUGUGUGAUGCACUUUGGCCAGCAUAGGAUAUUUUUGCUACACCUAAAAAAAAUGUCCUCUUGAAAUUAUCUGAGAAAUUGCAUUCAAUUUAGAAGGACACAAAUCCUGCCUGCGGUCAGUGUGUUAUAAAUGUCUUUAUCCAGUGCAAAUUUAUUUGUUUGCAAACUGCGCUGGAUCAGACAAUCAAACCAGUAGUCUCAAAAUAAAUCGUCUCCGAAUCGCCGAUACUGACAAAUUAACUCUCCGAUUUGAAAACCCAUGAGAUCAAGAUGGUUUGAAGACAAAAGAAAAUGUACUUUGUCUUUUUUUUUUUUUUUCAUUUCGUCUUAAAAUACCAUCGACAGAGCGUCGGCGAUGCAAUUUGAUCUUUUGCAAUCAAAUCCGAUUUGAUCUUUCGCAAUCCGCUGGCAUUUUCGUUGUUCUCACUGAGAAAAAGCCAAUGUUUUACCUUCGGUUGACCUUUUACACAUUUGUUGGGUUCCCAGAUUGUUAGUGGGAUCAAAAGAUAACAGAUUGAAAAGUAAAACUGGCACUAGUCUAUUUCUGCUGGCAUCAGUGUAUGUAUUGCUGGUGUAGACCUUUCUCGACGCAACUAUUUAUGGGAGGUAUUUUAUUUAAUUGAAAAGUUUGCAACAAAUGCUGAAAUUGAUUGAAUGUUUUGCUUACAUUCGGCCGUUCAUGCCAACAAGUGAUGUUUGUUUACCAACAAUGUAAAGGUCUAUUGAAAAGUUAGGGUAAAACAAAACCAAAAACAUGAUAUAAUUAUUCAUAGUGUGGAUGUCAAAUGAUUGUUUAAAGACACUGGACACUAUUGGUAAUUGUCAAAGACCAGUCUUCUCACUUAGUGUAUCUCAACCUAUG